GUUAGAGAACACAACAGAAAGAAGAAAAAAGAAGCAAAGAACAAUCCCAACAAUAAAUCUAAAAGAAAAGAUGUGGCUGUCCCAAACAGUUUACCUUUUAAAGAAGAAAUUUUGAAAGAAGCUGAAGACAGAAAGAGAAGGUUAGAAGAAGAACAGCAACGUCUGAAAGACAAGAGGAAAAAAGACAGACAAAAGAUCCUGGAUAAAAAGAGAAAUUUAGCAAGUUUUGCUCAAGAUGCACAGAAAAGAACAGCGGAAUAUGAGAGAAAGAAUGCUCUGUGUGGGGAGGGGUCGUCCUUGGCUUUGACUGGAGGAAAAUCUGUGGAGUCAUCUCUCAAAGCUUACUACAAGGAGUUUAAAAAGGUGAUUGAGGCGGCAGACGUCAUUUUGGAGGUGCUGGAUGCCAGGGACCCUGUGGGAAGUCGCUGCCCCCAGGUGGAGCAAGCAGUAAUCAACGCAGGGACAAACAAGAAACUGGUGCUAGUCCUCAACAAAAUUGAUCUUGUUCCAAAAGAGAAUGUUGAAAAGUGGCUGACCCAUUUGAGAAAUGAAUUACCCACUGUUGCCUUCAAAGCAUCAACUCAGACACAGAAAGAAAACUUGGGGCAGAGUCGAGGCUCACUUCAAAAGACGACAGAAGAUCUGCUGAAGUCAAGUCGCUGUGUAGGAGCAGACGCUCUCCUCAAGUUGCUGGGCAACUAUUGUAGAAACCAAGAUAUCAGGACAGCUAUUACUGUGGGGAUUGUGGGGUUUCCUAACACUGGCAAGAGCAGUAUCAUCAACAGUCUGAAGAGGUGUAAAGCGUGUGGUGUAGGUGCCACUCCUGGUUUCACCAAGACCAUGCAAGAAGUCCAUCUUGAUAAACACAUCAAACUGCUGGACAGUCCAGGUAUUGUCAUGGCAACGGGAUCCUCGGACGCUUCAGUAAUUCUAAGGAAUUGUGUGAAGAUUGAGACUCUCCCUGACCCCAUUUCUCCAGUAGAGGCCAUCAUGCGGAGAUGUAGCAAGCAGCAGUUGAUGCUCCACUACAAUGUCCCAGACUACAAGGACGUUCAGGAGUUUCUGUCUCUGCUGGCCACCAAGAUGGGCAGAUUGAAGAAGGGAGGAGUGCCAGAUGUGGACAAGGCAGCGAAGACAGUGUUACAGGAUUGGACCAGUGGCAAGAUAACGUACUACACCCACCCUCCAGAGCAGCACUCUCUCCCUGUCCACCUUGACGCCGCCAUAGUGACCCAGCUGAGCGCCGCCUUCGAUGUCGAGAGCCUGAUGAAGGAAGACGAGGACACACUGAGAGAUCUGAAGAGUGUGAGUAGUAUGGAUAUUGUGGUAGAGUCAGCUGGACCCACAGACGGAAUUGUCACAGUGGAGGAAGAGGAGGCAGAGAAGAUGGAGGAAGAAGAAGAAGAAACUGAAGAGUUAAAGGAUGUCACGGUAUCCAUGGAAACAAAACCAACCAAGAAGAGCUCAUCCAAGGUUACGGAGAAGAAAAAACAAAACUCUGAGAAUGUCCUGAGUCUUAACCAGCAGGUAAACAGAGAAAGGAAACAAGAUUUUAAGAAGAUGAAGAAAAAGAGAAAGAGAGCAGAUGCGUUGGCUGGAGAGCUCUCCAAGGCACUUGAUGGCGCUAUGAGUGGACUCGGCGCUGAAGCUGAUGAGGAUUACGACUUCGGAACAGACUUUAAAUGAGGAGAAAAAAGAGUAGAGACUUUUCAACAAAAGACGCAAUCUUCAGUUAUUUAAAUGCAUCUUUAUUUUUGAAACUGAGCAAAUGUAAUCUAUGAAUUGAGACAAGGUGGCAGAACACAAAAUAAUUUGGAAAGACUAUCAUCUUAAAUGCACUGGCUGUGAAGAAUAAAGAAGUUUGUUCAAAAAUAAUUCUAAUUUUUGAUUUGACUGAGAAAUACCAGGGCUGUCCAAAGACUUAGAAUAAAAUGACAAAUUAGUCAUAAAAAA